AUGGUCUCUCAGAAGAUCCGUGGUUCCGUCCAGACGUACAGCCAUCUGAGCGGGUGGCACAACCUAAAAGACAUAGUGAUUGAGAUGCUAGAAGGAGAGAAUGGAAGUGUGCUGGUGGUUCCCGCAAAUUCUGCAAAAUCAGCUAUGGCUUUCCAUCUAAAUAAUAACAUCACAAGUGUUAACGUCACGCGUGCCACAGAACAACACAGCAGUUUCUGUUUAAUUUUCAAAAACAGCUGCUACUUGUUCAUUGACAACGUUUGCUACCAGGAUGCUGAGAGGUUGAAGACGUUUCUGGACAGAGCCCACCACGGGCCAUCUCCCCCUCCUGCUGACCCGGACCAUCACGACAGUGUUCUCAGCUCAAAAAGAAGCCCUAACUUAGAUGAGAAUGUUCACUCAACCAAGCAUCUCUCUGCCGGGAGCAAUUUAACAUUUCCCCUGGAACGAAACCAUGUCCAGAAGAAGCCAACAUGCACUAUGUCCCAAUGCCACCCCAGCGACCAGCCUCCUGGCGUGGGGCCGCUGGCCUGGGUGGUGAGCCGCUGGGAUGAGUGCCAGGCCCGCGCGUGCACCACCAGCUGGGCCAGCAAGUGCCCAUCGAUGUGUUCUGCAAGGGCGGCCCCAGGUUCCUGCGCACCGUGGCUCACCACAAGUUCUGCUUGGCCCUUGAGAACUCCAAUACCUGGUUUAUAUCACGGAGAAGCUCUGGCGAAACGCACUGCUGCCUGGGAUGGUGCCGCUGGGGCUGGGUCCAAAACGUGCCAACUACAAGUGCUUUGUGGUCGUGGUGCCUUCAUCAGCGAGGAUGACUUCCCUGGUGCAGCCUUCCUGCUCUUCCUGAACUACAAACCAGACAUCUAUUGCCGCUACUUCCACUGGGAUGAGCCGUGUUGCCGGACCCGCCAGGCGGUGCAGGCUCCAUCUUCUCAGGUCUCUCACUACUGGGCACAUCAGCUCACCAUGAGUGGCCAAAGAAGAAAUUCACCCAGGAAAAGGAAAACAUUAUCAUCCCAUGAGGAGCUCGAGAAGGCAAAAAAGUCCAAGACAGAAUCUUUACAGUGUGUCGGCAGUAAUAAUGAGAAAUCUUUGGUUCCAGCAAGUCGAGAAAAGGGUGUGGAGUUGGAAAGUGGAUCUUCAUUCAACACCAGCUCUGCGAGAAACUCUAACCAGGUCCCCGUGAAGUCUCGGCAGUUAAGACUGACACCACAGGGCUUUCCCAAUUUUGCCAAAAACUGUUACAUGAAUGCCAUUUUGCAGUCCCUUUUUUCAAUCCCCACAUUUGUGGACGACUGGCUCGCUCAGGAAAUCCAAUGGGAUAACUUUCCUUUGGAUGGUUUUCUCCCGUGCUUUAAUCAACUGCUGACCAUGAAGGACGACUGUGAGGAAGCGAUCUUGGAAGCCCUGCUGGGGAAUGUUCUGUACGCCCUUUCUUACAAAGCAGAGAUAUUCUCCGAGAACUCAGGGAAUGAUGCACAAGAGUUCCUAAGCCAGUUUUUGCUUCAGAUGAAAGAAGACGUGGGAAAACUAAAUGUCACUAGCAAAACAGAGAGGGAAGCCAGUGGAGGAAUUCAACAUGCACAAAUUCCUACUGCCCGUCCUGCUGCCAAUGUGCUCGUUUGUCCAGGGGUCAGGAAUUUUGAGUUUGAGUUUCAGCACCUCCUCACCUGUACAACCUGCGGUGAGGUCAGGGGCAAGACAGAGCUGAGCAACGAUCUCUCCAUCAGCUUUUCCGAAGAGAAGCAGGGACUUCAGCAUAGUCUGGAUCUUUUUUUUGAAGCCCAAGAAGUUGAAUACAACUGUGACAAAUGUAAGAGCAAAAGUUCUACUUCAAGGCACAAGUUCGGCAGGCUACCCAGGGUCCUGAUUGUCCAUCUAAAACGGUAUACUUGCGAUGCUUUGGGGAAGUUUGUGAAGGUCACGCAGAAAGUGGCUAUUCCAAAAUACUUAACAUUAUCCCACUACUGCAAUGAACACACCAAGCCACCUCUUCCUCUGGACAGGAAUGUCCAAGACGAGGGACUUCAAGUCCUGAAAGUGUCUCAAGACAAGAGUGCUGCGACUGCGAGCUCAUGUGCAUCUCCUACAACCUUGGCCUCAGCCUCUGAGAGGUCUCUGGUCCCGCAUAUUGGGUCAGACAAGGCCACUGAACCACACAAAGGCCAGAGACCUCCUGGGAGUUCAAGCUUAGAGGUGCACAAGACAGACCAAGAAAGUGGCUACAAGCCAAAUACGACAGAGCUCGGAUUCGACAUCUCAAGAGAUGAGCGAACUGGUGAGCUGAAGCGGCCAGUAGCUGCCUCAGUCCUUUCUCAGGAAGACGUUUCUCUCUCAGUGACUUCUGGACACAGAGGUAAACCCAUCAGUGGCCGAGCCGCAGGUGUCGGGGAGGCGUCGUCCCAGCAGGAAAAGGUAGACUCUGAAAGCCCUGCUCAGUCAAAGGAACAUGAGGAGAAAGAAAACAGGAUCCCAGAAGGAGCGCAGGGCGCGGUAGACCAGCUGCAGGAACGCACGGAGGUGCACCCAGGUCCACUCAAGUCCUUGAGUUCUGAAGCCAAUUCUGGACACAGAGGCCUCUUAGAUGUGGAGAGCGAAGAAAGAGAAACUGAGACACUGACCGGGAACGCUGGCCAUUCCUACAGGCUCAUCAGCGUCGUCAGCCACAAGGGGACUACCCCGAACGGAGGUCACUACUUCAGUGAUGCCUAUGACUUUCAGAGGCAGGCCUGGUUCACAUACAGCGACCUUCGGGUACAGCGGGUCCUCGAGAGCACCGUGCUGAACUCCAGAGGCGACACCGGUUACAUCUUCUUCUACAUGUACGACGAGAUCUUCAAAGGACUGUUGGGAGAGGCAGAGGCUUUGGGAACCAGCAGGUUGGUGUAA